UUAAUCCUGACCCAGAUCAGAUUCAGGACGGGGCAUGGGCUGGAACAAAAGAAAGGACAGGAAGCAGAGAGAGCCUCUCCAGAGCCUCCCCUGAUCACCCCCCAAGAUGUCUGACACCGAAGAACAGGAUUAUGAAGAGGAGCAGCAGGAAGAAGAGGAUGCUGAAGAAGAAGCUCCCGAGGAGCCCGAGCCGGUGGAAGAGCCAGAAGAGGAGCGUCCGAAGCCCAGCCGACCUGUGGUGCCCCCACUGAUCCCCCCGAAAAUCCCUGAGGGUGAAAGAGUAGACUUUGAUGAUAUCCACCGGAAAAGGAUGGAGAAGGACCUGCUGGAGCUGCAGACGCUCAUCGACGUGCACUUCGAGCAGAGGAAGAAAGAGGAGGAGGAGCUGAUAGCCCUCAAGGAGAGGAUUGAACAUCGCCGAGCGGAGCGGGCGGAGCAACAACGAGUCCGGACGGAGAAGGAGCGGGAGCGGCAGGCCAAGCUGGCGGAGGAGAAGAUGCGGAAAGAGGAGGAGGAGGCGAAGAAGCGGGCGGAAGAUGAUGCCAAGAAGAAGAAGGUUCUAUCCAAUAUGGGAGCGCACUUUGGAGGUUACCUGGUCAAGGCAGAGCAGAAACGUGGAAAGCGGCAGACCGGAAGGGAGAUGAAGGCCCGGAUCUUGUCCGAGCGCAAGAAGCCCCUGAACAUCGAACACCUCGGGGAGGAGCAACUCAGAGAGAAAGCCAAGGAGCUGUCGGAUUGGAUCCACCAACUGGAGUCAGAAAAGUUUGAUUUGACCGAGAAGAUGCGGCAGCAGAAAUAUGAGAUGAACGUCCUCUACAAUCGGAUCAGCCACGCCCAGAAAUUCAAGAAGGGGGCAGCCAAGGGGAGAGUCGGAGGCCGGUGGAAGUGAGCGAGGCCUUCGUGGAGGUCGCCGGGGGUCUGCCUCCCCACCUUCUUUCUCCGCCCACCCAGAGAUGUGGACCCCCACCCCGCCUGCUGGAUCUUUAUCACGCCCGACGUCCUUUAUCUCCCCUGUAAUGUAGUGGCUAUUUGAGGGGGGACA